GCUGUGAGCGCCGGUACCGGGAACUGUGGGGAGAGAGUGGGCGAGCCCGGAAGCCACGCCAUGGAUUUUUUGGCCUUUGAGGAUGUGGCAGUAAAGUUCAGCCAAGAAGAAUGGAUUUUGCUAGAUCAUUCUCAGAAGAAACUAUACAGAGAUGUGAUGUUGGAAACCUGCAGUAACCUUACUUCCUUAGGCAUCAUAUGGGAAGAUGAGAAUAUUGAAGAGCAGUACAGACAUUCUUGGAGAUAUCUAAGAAAUUACAUGGUAGAUGCAAUCAGUGAGCAUAAAGAAGGUGGUCAGUUUCAAGAAACCUAUACCUGGAUCCGAAAUUUCCAUAGUAAUGCAAACAUUUCUACUGGAAUAAAACCAUUUGAAUGUGGUGUGUGUAGAAAAGUUUUCACUUGUCAUUCAUCCUUUAAUGAACACAUCAUGUCUCACUUGGGGGAUAAACCAUCUGAACAGAAAUAUGUUCUCUUCGCUAUCAUGAAAGGAUUCAUAAUGCAGAAAAAACUUAUGUAUGCAAACAGUGUGGUAAAGCUUUCAAAUGUCAAAGUUACCUUCGAAUACAUGAAAGAAUUCACAAUGAGAAAGCUGAAGGAAAUCCCUGUGAAUGUAAGGAGUGUGGCAAGUCCUUUGUUUCUCGAUAUUUACUUCAAAUGCAUGAAAGGUCUCAUUCUGCAGAGAAACGCUAUGAAUGUAAGGUAUGUGGUAAAACCUUCAUUUAUCCCUCUUUUCUUCAAAGGCAUGAAAGAACGCAUACUGGAGAAAAACCGUAUGAAUGUAAACAGUGUGGUAAGGCCUUCAGAGUUCAGAGUUCCCUUCGAUUACAUGAACGAACUCAUUCUGAGGAAAAACCUUAUGAAUGUCAACAUUGUGGUAAAGCCUUCUGGCGUUUCCCUUCUCUUCAAGUACAUGAAAGAAUCCAUACUGGAGAAAAGCCCUUUGAGUGUAAACAAUGUGGCAAAACUUUCAGAUGUCACAGCUCCCUUCAAAGACAUGAAAGAACUCAUAGCCAGGAAAAACCAUAUGAAUGUAAACAGUGUGGUAAGGCCUUUAGAUGUCACCGGUCCUUUCAAAGACAUGGAAAAACUCAUGCUGGAGAGAAGGCCCCAUGAAUCUGAACAGUGUACAAAAACUUUUAGAUGUUGUAAUUUCCUUGUAAUGUUUGAAAAUACUCCUAGGAAGAAAAUGUGGUAGUAUAAAACAAGUGGUGAAAGCUUUG